GGAAGUGGAGAGCCGGAAGUGGGGUUGGACAGGUUAUCCCCACGGGUGGGGAAACGGAGGCCCUGGAGGAGGGGGAAAAAAGGAGGCCGAGGAUCCUUGCUACUAACCUGAAUCGGAUACCGAUUCUCUUAGAACCCAGAGACACAGAAAAAGGGAAGGGUGUAUCAUUCCCCUUCCUCCCCUCCUCCUUUUCCUCAGCCUUAGCCAUGGCCGAGGCAGGGGCCGGGCUGAGUGAGACCGUCACUGAGACAACGGUUACCGUGACAACCGAGCCCGAGAACCGGAGUCUAACUAUCAAACUUCGGAAAAGGAAGCCAGAAAAAAAAGUGGAAUGGACGAGUGACACAGUAGAUAAUGAACACAUGGGACGCCGUUCAUCAAAAUGCUGCUGUAUUUAUGAGAAACCUCGGGCCUUUGGUGAGAGCUCCACCGAGAGUGAGGACGAGGACGAGGAAGGCUGUGGUCAUUCACACUGUGUUCGGGGCCACCGMAAAGGACGGAGUCAUGCAACCCCAGGACCSACCCCUACUACCCCUCCUCAGCCUCCAGACCCCUCCCAGCCCCCUCCAGGGCCAAUGCAGCACUAAAUUUCUCUUUCCCCCAUCA